GGGGAUAAGGUAGGAAACGAAACGAAAUGGCAGUUGCGAGGUGUUGGUGGCUGGCACAGGCAUGGGAUUUGAAGUCGGCAACGGCACUCUCACUCAAAUGGAAAUGUCAAGCAUUUUCUGAAUCCUCUUGUUCUCUUCUUCACAACGACCACGACGAUCUUCAACGUCUCUUACACAUCCUUCCAUCUGAUUUGCAUCACAAUCUCCUCAAUCAACCUAAUCGCCCUCAACUUCUCGAGGUUAUAUUGGAUUUGGGACGUUUUCCAGAAGCGCGUUAUCUAGACAGACACGGAGGCCAGUAUUUAAGGAACACAGAGGUAACGGUGAAGGAGUUGGAAUAUGCUGAACAAGCUGUUGGGGAGUUUGGGAAGGACAAUAGAGCUGGCAUUGAGGGUACGUUGCACAGAAUAUCUGCAAUUAGGAGUAGGAAUGGUGACAUUGUCGGUUUGACGUGUCGCGUUGGGAGGGCAGUCACUGGCCAGAUUGACAUGGUUUGUGAUCUGCUUCAAUAUGGGAAGAGCAUUUUAUUUGUUGGAAGGCCUGGGGUUGGCAAAACUACUGUUAUGCGAGAGAUUGCUCGUGUACUGUCUGACGAGCUUCACAAAAGAGUGGUGAUUGUUGAUACCAGCAAUGAAAUUGGAGGCGAUGGCAAUAUUCCACACGCAGCAAUAGGUGGUGCACGAAGAAUGCAGGUUCCUGACCCAUCUAUGCAACAUAGAGUGAUGAUUGAGGCAGUAGAAAAUCACAUGCCUGAGGUGAUUAUAGUAGAUGAGAUUGGCACAGAAGCUGAAGCUCAUGCUUGCCGAUCAAUUGCUGAGCGAGGAAUCAUGCUUAUUGGGACUGCUCAUGGACAGCAGCUUGAGAAUAUCAUCAAGAAUCCUACACUUUCUGAUCUGAUUGGAGGAAUAGAAACUGUUACUCUAGGAGAUGCAGAAGCCAGAGCGAGAAAUUGUCAGAAGACAAUUCUUGAGAGGAAAGCACCUCCAACAUUUGAUUUUUUAAUUGAGAUGAGAGAUAGACACUACUGGCUUACACAUCAGACAGACAAAAGUGUAGAUAUGUUGCUUCGGGGGAAAGUUCCACAGGUUGAGGUAAGAAGAAGAGAUGAAAAAUGUAAGGUCGUCAUAGAAAAAUCUAAAGCAUAUGAUAAAUGCGCAGUUUGAUUUUUCCCUUUCCUAUAGUAUAAUCGUUUGCUUAUAAAACCCGAUUCCGAUUUAAAGCUAUAAACCUGUUCAUCAUUUUGUAAAUUAUGUAUUUGAUUGAUAUUAUGCAUGUUUGGAUCGGUGUUGGAUGCUUUCGAAAUCCACGUUCAAUCUAAAAUUACAUUUUCUUGC